AUGCAAGCUCAAAACGCUGCUGUCUGCUCCAGCCAGGAGUAAAGAGCGAGCUGGGAGAAUGGGGCAGGUGGCUUGGAAGGGUUUAUUUCUAUCGCUUUUUGAUUAUAAAACUGAGAAAUACGUUAUUGCAAAGAACAAGAAGGUGGGGAUUCUCUACCGAGUUGUGCAGCUCUCCAUCCUGGCUUAUCUGGUGGGGUGGGUUUUUGUUGUCAAGAAAGGCUAUCAGGACACGGACACGUCCCUCCAGAGCUCUGUCAUCACCAAGCUGAAAGGGGUGGCCUUCACCAACACCUCCGAGCUGGGGGAGCGGCUGUGGGAUGUUGCAGACUAUGUCAUCCCUCCACAGGGUGAAAACGUAUUCUUUGUUAUGACGAACCUGAUUGUGACCCCAAACCAGAAGCAAGCUACGUGUCCUGAGAGUGUCAGCAUUCCCGACGCCCUGUGUUACACGGAUGGGGACUGCCCAGCAGGGGAAGCAGUGGUGGCUGGCAAUGGGGUUAAGACUGGCCGUUGUUUGAAAGACAGGGACAACAUCAGAGGGACUUGUGAGAUACUGGCCUGGUGCCCUGUGGAGAAAAGAUCCAAGUCCAAGAAACCUCUUCUUGCCAGUGCAGAAAACUUCACCAUUUACAUCAAGAACUCAAUCCGCUUCCCCAAGUUUAAGUUCUCCAAGAUGAAUGUGCUGGCAACCAGCAAUGAGUCCUACCUGAAAAGCUGCCGCUACAGCGCAGAGCAUCCCUACUGUCCUAUCUUCCUCCUGGGGAGCAUUGUCAGAUGGGCCGGGAGCAACUUCCAGGAAAUGGCCUUGGAGGGUGGUGUGAUAGGAAUUCAGAUUGAAUGGAACUGUGAUCUUGAUAAAGCUCCGUCUGAAUGUAAUCCUCACUAUUCUUUUAGCCGGCUGGAUAACAAGUUUUCAGAAAAAUCCAUCUCUUCUGGGUACAACUUCAGGUUUGCCAAGUAUUACCAGGAUGCCAAUGGGGUCGACUACCGGACACUCAUUAAAGCAUAUGGAAUCCGCUUUGAUGUGAUGGUGAAUGGCAAGGCGGGUAAAUUUAACAUCAUUCCCACCAUUAUCAAUAUUGGUUCAGGGCUUGCUCUCAUGGGAGCGGGAGCUUUCUUUUGUGACCUGGUGCUGCUGUAUCUGAUUAAAAAGAGUAACUUUUAUCGAGGCAAAAAGUAUGAGGAAGUAAAGUCCAGUUCUAGGAAAUCAUUAAGUAGCCCUACUCAUAAUGGAAAUCAGAGCCCAGACCAGCUCGGUGGGCUGUAGACAGGGAUGGGCCUGCUAGCUGGAAAUGUAUUCCAGGAAGACUACGCAGGUGUGGAACUGGGCGGUGGAGACACCACAGAUCAGAUCUACUGUAUUCUCAGGAUUUCCAGAGAAGACAAAAUGUCCUUCCAGAAAAGCUCUUCUUGCCCUCAGAUGUUCUCUGAUAUCCUGAGCUUGCAACAGCUGUAUUAUCACUAUGGAUUUAUAAAAGGUUUUUAUAAAAGGAAAAGGAAGACACCAACUGAAUGGUUUUAUAUCUAUUUAUAGAUACACCUGUACCUAUGUCAGUAACCAGCAUUAUCCUGUGGCUGUGCUUUGCUUUUGUGUGCAAAAGAGCAGUACUGUGAAACACCACCGACGUUCUGAGGAAACCACAAACUGACCUGUCUCCUGCUCCACUGGCUUGUAACCGCAGCUCCUAACUCUCGCUUGUUUUAUUUCCAAGAUUAGAUGUAAAGCAGCAGGACUGUUCAUGUCAGGAAGUGCAGCAAAAUGCAGUGUUUAGCAGCUCACAGAGCCCAGGGAAAGGGGGCUCAUUAUCCUACAAUGCCUGUGCUGACUAGGCAUGUUUCAGGAGGCACUGCUGUGUUUGUAUAACCGAGAGGACUAGAAAAAGUGCUCCUUCAGGAAAAGCCCUUAAAACAGCUGCAACAAGGUGCUCUGCUCAUCUCUCCUAGGAAUGGCUGGACAAGAGGAGAAUGAGCCUGCCACAACUUUGAAUGGAGAACCAGUUUAGCCAUGUCUGGGUCCCAGCUACCUCAUCUGCUACCCAGAUUUCCACUCGUAAUUGACCCAGAGAACCAACAUUUCAGAGUACAGAAAAGGUAUCAGCAGGCAGAGGAAUAUUUUGAAGCAAGGCAGGGACAGAUGUUUUUGUGGUUGACAGUGGGAGGAAAAGGGCUUAACGUGCUGAAAAGCAACACGGCACUGAGAGGAUCUGCAUGGAGAUGGUCCUUGGUUCCCUGUUCUUUGUUUAGUGGUUGGUUUCAUUUGCUGUUGUUGGCAUGGGAUUGUCCUUUCUGCAUCACCUACAAUUUCUGGUAGUGGGAGGAGAUCUUGACUGGGGUCUUUAUGCUUCUGCCAUUUUUCAUAGCUGCUUGGUUGCUUUGCACUGUAUUUGUUCCUUUCUUCUGCAGAGGUUGCAAAGGGGAGGUCUGGUGGUUAAAACAGACUUUUCACUUUUUUUUUUUUUUAAUGUGCCAACAGAAGGAAAUUUUAGAAGUCAUAGCUCCACUUUCUAAAUGCUUUGUCAACUUUGAAGAAUGGUUCUUCACCUCUGUUGCACAGUCUCAUUGCAGUCCAUUUUGUGAAUGUAUUAUGUACUGUAAGAGGAGAAAAUGCUUACAUAACAACACUGUUUACUUUCAAAGUUGGCCUUUGCUUGAGCUGACAGGAGUUGACUCACCAGCUCCUGAAGGCUGUAGGUGAAUAUUCCUGUCUUUUCUGAAAUCCUAAUCCUUUCACUUAAAGCCUCUGCACCAUGGCUUGGUACAAAGUGUUCAAAUGUUCUGUAAACGCCACCAAGUCACCAUGAAUUAGGAGUCCUCAUGAUAAAGACUCCCAAGUAUUUCAGUUCACUCCUUUGUGUACCAAGAUUCAAGGACUCCUGCUGCUGCAGUGGUUUACAUAUUGCAUACAAAUAGAAACAAAAAGCCACGCUCACCUCUGCUUUAACUUCUUUGAAGUGGCUACCCCAAGCAACAGUUUGGUUCUAAAUUAAAACUCACCUCUGUUAACAAUGGCAAACUCUGAGUCCGAGUCAGCAAUAGCAAACUGCACACAAUCUCGUCCACUUGCUUUCCUCCUCCUGUUCAGAUGCAAAUACUGAUUAACUAUUCAAACAUUUAACUAGAAAAUAGAAUUAAACAUUGGAUUUAAAAUACUUAGGAUAAGCUGUGUACCUCUGAUGCUAUAAUCAUAGCCAAAGUCUCUCUUGUAGACAAACAUGAAUCAGUGUGCGUGUAACUGACUGCACUGGUUGGAGCUAUGAGAAUUACCAUACCAAUAAAAUAGCACUUUUUUUUUUUUUUACUGUCAACGUUGAAUUCUGUUUAAAUGAUUUUUAGAUGGUGAAACAUGUGGUGAACACCAUUGUGAGCACCAUUAGGCUUAGAUACAAUUCCUAGAGACCGAAUAGCUCAUCAUAACACACAAAGCUGCCCUUUUUCUUCUGAAAUUAAUGGUUCAACUUGACAAAACAACACCCUCUUAUUAGACAACAUAAGCUAUUUCCUGACUGAAAUCUUCAGGGGCUUCAGUCUCCACUGAAAUUCCCUAAAGCAUUUCCUUAUUUUAUACCCUCUGUUUAACAGAAUUACUUUUUAUAAAACAUAACAAUCAGAUUCCUUCUCAAGCUUCUUUGCUUCUUCAGUUUGAUUUUUCUUUCCUUGAGGUUUUAUGUAGAGCAAUAAAAUUUGUCACUUCUGGGCAAUGCUGUCCAAGCCUCCUCUGUCAUGUUCUUUAGGUAACUUCUUACCCAUGUAAAUCUCAGUUUCCCUUGGUGAUAAACAUUUAUGCUAAGCAAUGUAAUUAAGAGUUCAGAAAGUAUUUGAAAAGCACAAGUGUGGAAAAGAUAUCCAUUAAUGGGCAAGAAGUGACAGUUCUGAUAGCAUGAAUCUGUCAAAAUUUACUACCAAGGGAAUCAAAAACUAGACCAUCUUUUUUCCUUCAGAAGAUCACAGGUAACAUGAUUGUGGCAAUGUUUACAGUAUUGAAUCUACCUUUUGUAUUUUGCUACAACCUGACUUUUCAGUGAAGUUUUUUUUUAAUACCUUACAUUGUAAAGAUAACUCUGUAUACCAUAAACAGGGAAUAUCUUAAACAGGGUUCUGGUGAAGCAAUGACCAAUUCAAAGAACCACAUGGAGCAACACAGGUUUGUAGAGGGAAGCGUAGGGAAAAACACGGAUGCUGUACAAGAGUUUGGAGUCGUUCAUUUGAAUCUACUGAUCAAACACUGUUUGCAGGAUCACCUCUACAGCAGAGAAGUUACAUGUAUAGUAGGUGAUUAAUUUUUUCCUUCAGUUCCUGCCAGGGACAUAUGGAACCACACUAAUAAACUGUUAAGUUGGGGAAAAUGCUGACAGUCUUACAGGCAUAUUCAGCGCAGACUGAGCGAGCAGUUAAUUGGAUACAGUACUCCUCAUUUGGUUGCCUGUAUUUCAUUGGACACAAGGGCAUUCAAAACAGAGCAGUGUUUGACUUGUGAGAAUAUUAUGUACUGACUUUUGUGUAUGACAGCACAGAGUACCCAUGAAAAUGGCAUUUAUUUAUAGAGCGUACAUGUGGCAACUACGAAAGAUAACAUUUGCACUAGCGACUCAAAUAUACUUCUGUACCAAAUCUUUAUGUACAGUUAAUUACAUACUACUGUGAACUA